AUGGUUGUCCACCAAUGGGAGCGAGGCACUUCUCGAGGAACUGCGUUUUCUCACUGUCUUGCGACUGAAGAAAAUGUGCACGAGUUUCCAUUUGUAUCCAAGAUUGAGGUGUGGACGAAUAAUAAAGUGGUACCUGCCCGCAUUUGUGCCAUUCGUGUUCAGUACACAAACAACAAAGCCUCUCCUACGUUCGGAAACAGUGAAGGGGCCACGAAGUCUGAUUUCACGCUUCGCCUUGGUGAAUACAUUACGGAGCUUCGACAAGGGGAGUCUGAGAUGCUAGCCACGCGGUGCAUAUCUUGUAUCUACCUUGCAACAAACCAAGACCGAACUUGGAGCUCCAUGUCAGGCUCAAUUGGUGCAAUUCCGACCUUUUAUCCAGUCACUAUUCACAGUGGUUUCCCCUUGGGGAUUAGUGGCCGUGCCGAAGUCAACCAGACAGGGGCGGAAAUCACGUCUCUAGGAUACUACUUUCUCGAAGAUAUCGAUCGCAUCAGAAUAGACUUUGAAUUCUUAGAGGAUCCAAACCCCGAGAAUCUUUCCCUGAUCUACUACGACACUUUGAAACUUGAAAAUAACACCACCAUCGAACAGCCAGGAGAGGUUGAAAGAGAUAAAUCGGUGACCAACUCAACCAGCAGCGAGGAGAGCUGGGCGGACGAGAUGGGCGUGAAUAUGUCUGUGAAGACUGGCUUCUUCGGAAUCGGAGAGACUGAAAUGGGCGCUGAGUGGAAAGUCACGAGAACCGAGACCAACACCACAAGUUCUGAGAAGGGUGAAACUAUUCGCUGGCGAGCCAGCCCAAGAGUGCCUCCACUCAAACGGCUUGACUGCGACUUGCUUCACUUUGAGGGAUAUUUCAAUGUGAAAUACCGCAGCGAGGUGCUGCUUUAUGGAAAGUCGGGUGGCGAAUACACGAUCCAUAAAGUGGGCUAUAUGCAAGGAGUGACAUCGUCGGUGACCAUUAUCAGAUAUACGGAGAGAGAGCUGAACGCUCCAGCAGCCGGAUUGGAUCAUCUUGUGGACCGGGAUAUUCCUCUCAAUAAGUUGCCUCCGAACACGGAGGAAUCCACUAAUUGA